AUGCUAAAUGUGUACUCCUUGCCUUACCGACUUAGCAAGCGCACUAAGAGAAUUCGGGAGGCAUAUUCUAAAUACAUCGAGAUGCAAAACCCAACCGCAAUGAACGAAACCGAAGGACUGAUUCGCUACCGACUUUUAGGCUCCCACCCUGCGGCAUCGGGUCGGUACCUGACCCUAGGCUUCCCAGGGGAGUCCAUCACCGCCGCACGCCUUUUACAAGCCGUGAUCACGGAGCAUCAAAUAAAUCUAAGCACCUUCAAACUCUCCAUCGUGAAGCUGCCGGCCCCGGCCCACGCCAAUCACGCCCGAAAAGCCGAUGGGACUCUUCCGGACGGGGGAAUCGAGGAGGCGGUCCCCAUUCACGAGACGGAUACCCUUCGGACCUACGACAUCCUCGCCAUCACGGUGUCGAAGCGCUCUUUAAUGGACAAGACAACCCAGGAGACCCACCAACGAAUCCUCGAGCAGAAACUUUUGGUGAAGGAGAUCGAAUCCGAGCUGGGGAUGGCGCCGGCCGGGCCGUUGUCCGCCCCGCUCGAGCGCGCCGGGCGGCCGGACCACCGCGGCGCGGAGGCCGCGAAGCCGAAUCAACAGCCCGCCGCGGUGGACCCCCUCGGGUUUGAGCGGGCCGCGGCCCUGGCGAUGAAGACGUUUCCCCUGAGCCGCGGACGGCGGGGAUUGCCGGAGGCGCCCCCGGCGGAUGCGAAGCCGCCGACCUGCGUUCUGUGCGAUUUGGCCGUCUUCCGCGAGGUGCGAACCGCGUGUUGUGAUCUCCCCGCCUGCGCAACCUGCCUGGAGGCCUCGAAGGGGAUGACCAUGGCUGAUGGCGAAUGCCCGGUUUGCGGGCGAAAAGGCGAGACGUCAGGCCAUGGAGGCGCCGCCUCUGACCUUAUCAAACGCGAACGAGAGGAUAAUGAACUGUUUGAAACGGCUAAAGUCGCCAAAUCGGAAUCCACCUUGUUGAAUAGUUCUUAUGGGGGUAAUCGAAACAAGUCGUUGACUUCUUCAUACGGGGUAGGGAUGGAACGCCCAAAGGAGGCGAGGGGGGUUGGGGAUUGCUACGCAUCCAAUGCAAAAACCGAGGGGGGGUAUAGGCGGCUUCACGCGAUGGAGGACUCCUGUGAAGAUGUUCCUUCUGUCGGCCGUUGCGUGGAAGAUUUGAGGAGCGCCUAUAUUAAUGGUUUAGCGGAAAUCCCACAAAUCGAGCAGCAACUGCAAAAGGACUUGGAUCAGAUUCUUUCAUAUCUCGACGUGCCGGACCCGCUAACAGAGGAAACUAAGGCAAGGCGAAAACGGAGCAAGACACUAACAUUUAUGGAUGAACAAAUACUUCAGAUUUAG